AUGGAGAACAGGUCUGCAUACAUCUCUAUCGACGGUUAUGUGGGAGUGAACAAAUAUGGAGGGCUUUUUUUCAGCCUCAUGAUCUCAGCUUACCUCCUGAUAGUCUGUAGCAACAGCCUGAUCGUCUACCUGGUCUGGAGUCACCCCAACCUCCACGAACCUAUGUACGUCUUCAUUGCCGCUUUGUCCGUCAACUCCGUCGUCUACAGCUCCACCAUCUACCCGAAGCUGCUGAUCGACUUCCUCUCGGAGAAGCAGGUGGUGACCCACGCCUUCUGCCUCUUCCAAUGGUUCACGUACUACAACUUAGGCGCCUCCGAGGUCAUGCUCCUGGCGGCGAUGGCCUACGAUAGAUACGUUUCCAUCUGCAAGCCUCUGAAAUACGCCAUGAUUAUGAGACGAGGGAAUGUGGUGGGGAUCCUGGCGCUGGUGUGGCUGUUCCCCUCCGGCCAAAUGAUAGUUCCUCAGUUUUUGAAUGCUAGGAGAAAGCUUUGCAAGUUUGUGUUUCAGGGGAUCGUCUGCAACAGUUCAGUUCACGACCUUUACUGCACGAGCUCGGCCGCCCUAACCACGUACGGGUUGGUGGUUUUCAUCAACGUGGUGGUCCUGCCUGUGGUCUUCAUCCUUUACACGUACGGCAGGAUUUUUGUGAUGGCGAGACGCUCUGCAGAGAUGCGUAGGAAGGCGGUGAAGACCUGCCUCCCGCACCUCAUCGUCUUGAUCAAUUUCACGGUUUUCAUCGCGUACGACUUUCUGCUGCUGCGCUUCAAAUCCGAACACACCAAAACAGUGCGGUUCGCGAUUACGUUACAGGUGAUAAUGUACCAUCCACUGUUUAACCCGCUCAUCUACGGACUGAAGAUGGACAAGAUCCAUCGACACAUACGCAAACUGCUGUGCAAUGAAACGACCAAAUAUACAGCAGAAAUUUGA